AUGAAAAGAAUUUCAUAAGAAGAAUAAAAAUAUGAAGAAAUUGAGGAAUAAAAGAAAAGAGUUGAAAACUUUGAGGAUCUUUUGGAGGAUUUAACAAAGUCUGAUAAUAGAGAGAUUAAGGAGGUCAAAUUUAAUGAGUCAAAUAUUAAAAAAAUAAUAGAGGAAGUCGUUAAACAAUUACGAUCAAAGUAUACUACCUAGUGUCAUGAGGAAUUAUCAAUAACAAAAAUAAUUGGAGGAGUUAAAUAAAAAUUAAGUCAAAGGGCUGUUACUAUCAGAAAGAUAAUCAAAUAGUAAUUGAUGCCAAAAGAAACACUAAAUUAAUAUUAUUUUUAUAUAUAUAUAUUUCAUUUGUCCUCUAUGAAAAAGAAUCUCCAUAGUUCUAUGCACAAGAUUUCAGGUCCUCGUUAAAUGGUUAUUUUCGAUGGGGAAGAAUCCAGGCUCUAAAGAAGGAUAUUUAGAGAGCAUUCAACUGAUAAAAUUAAAUUUUGUUGGGAAUAGUCUCCUAUUAAUAAAGUGAACGAUUUCAACUUUCAGAAAAUCAAUAAUGUAAACCAAUAGGAUAUGGAUAUUCAUGUCCGUAAUAGUUAUUAGCUCCCAUAAUUACACAAGCGUAAAAAUCUAUUAAAUAACGAAUGCUUCGUUGUAUCUCCAUAAUUAACCGUUGAAUCUGAAUCAAAAUUUGGGAAAUAUGCUAAACGAUACACUUAGGAUUCGGACAUAUUCUCACUCAAAAUUCCCAUUGAUAAAUAAUAUUCUCAGCACUCAUCGGCAUAUGGUCAGUUUUAUUUUUAACCAGAGUAUACGCUCACAAAAACGAAGCCUGUAUUUAAAUAUCAUACAGCAAAAAGUCAAAUUCUUGGCAACUCUAGGCUAGAAUACAUUAAAUUAAGGUAAGAAUUGGCUUGA